AUGAAGCCACCGCGCCCGCGAUUCCGGAUCUCGCAACUGUCUCGAGCCCAGUCCAAUGACUCAAUGCGACAAGCCCUGAACUCUCCUCUGAGCGAUGCUAAGCCCAUCCCAGAGGUGGCGCUUAGCCCUUGGAGGAGGUUCUUCCUCAUUGCGUGCUUGUUGAUGGGAUUCCUCUUCUCGAUCUUGGAUACGACUAUCGUGUCCACAUCUCUGUUGGCCAUUUCAUCAGACCUUGGCGGAUUUCGGAGCAGCCAAUGGGUCGUUCUGUCCUAUCUCCUGACUUAUAUGGGUUUUUCAAUGGUUCUGGCAAAGCUCAGCGAUAUCUUUGGCCGUUUUUCCAUACUGAUGGUCUCCUGGACCAUCUUCACUAUGUUUUCUGUGGGUUGCGGAUGCGUGGCCACUAUGACUCAGCUUGUCAUUUGUCGAGCAUUUCAGGGCAUCGGAGGCGCGGGCCUUUACAGUCUGACGACGAUUGCUCUGCCCGAAGUUGGCCCAGCUGACAAGCCCGAGAUUAUCGGCUCGUUGAUCGGAAUGACCAUGUCGAUAUCCUUUGUACUCGGACCCGUCCUUGGCGGUAUUGUUCCUCAGUAUACGUCCUGGAGGUGGCUGUAUUUCAUGAACUUCCCCUUUGGACUUCUUACCAUCAUUGGUCUGAUCUUUCUCUACCCUCGCCAUCCCAGAACCUCCCGCUGGAAGAUCCUCCUCGGCCGGAUCGACUACCCCGGUAGCAUCCUGCUUCUAGGAUCAAGCGUUCUUCUCGUCUUCGGCCUGCAGCAGGCCGGAUCUCUGACGUUGAGCUGGGGAAGCUGGCCCGUGGUGCUGACACUGACAAUAGCCCUCGUCCAAGCAACGGCUUUCUGCUGCUGGGAGUGGUGGCUGACUGCCGGGUCCAGGGCUAUGGAGCCGAUCUUCCCCCUGAGGUUGGCCAAGAACCGGGUCUACUUGGCGUGCAUGGUGGCGACAUUUAUGAUCGGAUGGGUCUAUCUGGUCAUGGUCAUCGCUCUCCCCGAGAGGUUCCAGAUCGCCAACGGCGACUCGGUGUCCCUCGCCGGCCUGCACAUCCUCCCUUUACUCGGGUCCAUCGCCGCGGGCUCCGUCGUAGCAGGCCUCUUGAACGCAAAGAAGAACCGCACGGCAGCGGUGACGGUCGUGGCGUGCGCCCUGACGCUCCUGGGCAUGGGGCUCUUCAGCCUGCUCCCGGGCUCCUCCUCCUCCUCCUCCCCCGACGACUCCUCGCUCCGCACGAGCCAGAGCCAGUACGGGUUCCAGUGCGUCUUCGGCGUCGGCGUCGGCCUCUUCCUCUCGUCCGCGACCAUGAUGUCGCAGGCGCAGGCGCGGGGCGAGGACCACGCCGCGGCGCAGGGCGCCAUCGCCCAGCUGCGCGUGCUCGGCGGCGUGCUCGGCCUGGCGGUCAGCACCGUCAUCUUCAACUCGCGCCUGCAGAGCGGGCUCCUCGGCGGGCUGACCCCGGAGCAGGCGGACGCGCUGCGCCGCUCGCCGCUCGCCGUCGUGACCGUGGCCCCGGAGCUGCAGGGCCCGCUGCGGCAGACCUACGCAGCUGCCUUCUCCGAGACCACCCGCUGCGCCGUCGGCAUGGCCGUCGUGGCGCUGAUUGCGAGCCUGUUCACCCUCGAGCGCAACCCCCCGCCGAUCCGGAGGAAUCCUCCUCCUCCCGAGAAGCCGGCAGCAGUCGCUCCGAGCGUUGCCGGCCAGAACGACCUCGAACUCAAUACCAUCUCGCGAGGUACAUCCACUACCGAGCUUCAAGAGCCCCUUCCCGACGAGCCAGUUCUCCCACCACUCGCGUAUACGCGGAUGAAGGUCCAAGAAAUUUGUUAA